CGCAGAAACUUGUUGCAACAAACAGGCGACCGCGGGUGCCCCUAGCAGCCAGCGGCGGAGUGGGUGGGCGGUCGAGAGGGAGGGGAAGGCUGGCGGACGCCGCAGCGAACUGGUGGGCAGACCCGGAGUCGCCGCGUAAGCGGGGCCGGCUCAGUGCGGUGCAGCAGGCGCGGCUGUGCGGCAGCGGAAGUCCUUUGUUGCAGCGCAGUCCCUGGCAGAGCCAGAGCCUCUCCGCGCAGCCCAGCCCGAGCGCCGCGCGCCGCCGCCACUGCAGCUCUCGGCCCCUUCGCCUCCGCCUGCCUUUCCCGCUGCCGAUUUGCCUUAAACUCCCUAAAAUCUCCGCAGCCCCGGUUCCUGCUGCGGCCGGUCUCUAAUUAAUAGAAGAUGGCAAAGCCCAGCCACAGCAGCUACGUCCUUCAGCAGCUAAACAACCAAAGGGAAUGGGGUUUUCUCUGUGACUGUUGUAUUGCAAUUGAUGACAUUUACUUUCAAGCACACAAAGCAGUUCUAGCUGCUUGUAGCUCCUAUUUUAGAAUGUUUUUCAUGAACCAUCAGCAUAGUACUGCACAACUGAAUCUCAGCAACAUGAAAAUUAGUGCUGAGUGUUUUGAUCUCAUUUUGCAGUUCAUGUAUUUAGGAAAAAUUAUGACAGCUCCUUCCAGUUUUGAACAGUUUAAAGUGGCAAUGAACUACCUACAGCUGUACAAUGUUCCUGACUGCUUAGAAGACAUACAGGAUGCAGAUUGUUCUAGUUCAAAAUGUUCAUCUUCUGCUUCUAGCAAACAGAACAGCAAAAUGAUAUUUGGGGUGAGAAUGUAUGAAGACACUGUGGCUAGAAAUGGCAGUGAAGCUAAUAGGUGGUGUGCAGAGCCAAGUUCAACAGUGAAUACACCACAUAAUAGAGAGCCUGAUGAAGAGUCGUUGCAAUUAGGUAAUUUUCCUGAGCCAUUAUUUGAUGUAUGUAAAAAGAGUUCUGUGUCCAAAUUAUCUACUCCAAAAGAACGUGUAUCACGACGCUUUGGACGGAGUUUUACCUGUGAUAGCUGUGGAUUUGGCUUUAGCUGUGAAAAAUUAUUAGAUGAGCAUGUGCUAACCUGUACUAACAGACAUUCAUACCAAAACACAAGAUCCUAUCAUAGAUUAGUGGAUAUUAGAGAUGGAAAAGACAGUAAUAUCAAAGCUGAAUUUGGUGAAAAGGAUUCUUCUAAAACCUUUUCUGCACAGACAGACAAAUACAGAGGAGACACAAGCCAGGCUGCUGAUGAUUCAGCUUCAACCACUGGAAGCAGAAAAAGUAGCACAGUGGAGUCUGAACUAGCCAGUGAAGAAAAGAGCAGAGCCGCUGAGAGGAAAAGAAUCAUCAUUAAGAUGGAACCAGAGGAUAUUCCUACAGAUGAACUGAAAGACUUUAACAUUAUUAAAGUUACUGAUAAAGACUGUAAUGAGUCCACUGACAAUGAUGAGUUAGAAGACGAAGCUGAAGAGCCAUUUUAUAGAUAUUAUGUUGAAGAAGAUGUCAGUAUUAAAAAAAGUGGGAGGAAAACUCUAAAACCUCGGAUGUCAAUAAAUGCUGAUGAAAGAGGUGGUUUAGAAAAUAUGAGGCCCCCGAACAAUAGCAGCCCUGUACAAGAGGAUACUGAAAAUGCUUCUUGUGAGCUGUGUGGGCUCACAAUAACUGAGGAGGACCUGUCAUCUCAUUACUUGGCCAAACACAUCGAAAAUAUCUGUGCAUGUGGCAAAUGUGGACAAAUACUUGUGAAGGGUAGACAGCUUCAGGAGCAUGCCCAGAGAUGCGGAGAGCCCCAAGAUCUAACAAUGAACGGGUUAGGAAAUGCCGAGGAGAAGAUGGAUAUGGAAGAGAAUCCUGAUGAACAGUCAGAAAUAAGGGAUAUGUUUGUUGAAAUGUUGGAUGAUUUUAGAGAUAAUCAUUUCCAGAUAAACAGUAUCCAAAAGAAGCAGUUAUUUAAACAUUCUGCCUGUCCUUUUCGAUGUCCUAAUUGUGGCCAGCGAUUUGAAACUGAAAAUCUAGUGGUUGAACAUAUGUCUAGCUGCCUAGACCAAGACGUGUUUAAGAGUGCCAUCAUGGAAGAGAAUGAAAGAGAUCACAGACGAAAGCAUUUUUGUAACCUGUGUGGGAAAGGAUUUUAUCAGCGGUGUCACUUAAGAGAACACUAUACUGUUCAUACCAAGGAAAAACAGUUUGUUUGUCAGACAUGUGGGAAGCAGUUUUUAAGAGAACGUCAGUUGCGCCUGCACAAUGACAUGCACAAAGGCAUGGCCAGUGGUCAAAUAGGGCCUUCUAAACCUCUGGAGAAGUGAGAUCUGAAUUUGGAGAGGACAUGGGGAAGAAUCAAUCAUCAACAGAUAAUCUUUAAGUCCAGACCCAGGAAUAUCAGAUCUGAAGUGACACCAUCUUUUCUGUCUUCUGACAAACCUCAUCAACCCCAAAAGUUCCAGUUGCAAGGAUCCAAGAAAACUCAGUAAAGAUCACUUUGGAAUCACUUUGUUGUGACAAAAUCGAUUCACAGUGACUCUAUUAUUUGUAAAAAAUCUGCUAAAGAAAACUACAUCAGUGAUUAAAGCUACACUGAAAUGAAACUUUAUAUGCUAAUUAUCUUCAAGAGCCCCUCCUAAAAUAAAAGGGCUUGUUAGGCUACUAGAAAUACAUUAUAAAGUAAGAUAAUCACCUAUCUGUGUAAACACAUAUAAUUCUAAACUUAAAUGGAAUUACAGUUUAUAUAUCAUGAAAUGUAGUUAGUUUCAAAAAUUACAUACCAGUUCUGUAGUUUAGGUUAUAAAUAAAAAGAUGUGGGUACAAAGAAGUUAUGUGUAAGAUCAACAUUUUAACAAGAUAAUCUAGUUAUUGCUUACUGUAAUGUGACAUUUGCCUUUUUUUCCACUAUAUAUAACCAGUCACAAAUCUUGAUUAUUAAUAUUAAUAAGGCUCCCUUUUAAGUCUGUUGCUUUGAGAAAAAAUAGAAGUGGUAUUACUUCCACGGUGGUAUAUAUUCACAGAUCACAGACAACCAAGAAGAAUGUAUCAAGUCACAUUUUCUUCUCAAUUUAGCAAUGUAACCUAAUAGGCAGAAUAAGCUGUUAAACAUUUAUUCUUGGUAUUAAAACAAUACCAUGCUUCUCAGUUUUCAAAUUUCAAGACAAAAUUCAACUAAGUAUUGAAUGAAACCACUGUUAACAUGUUUAAAAAAGCUUUCAUGGGAAAAUGAAAUGUUUGAUGAUAUUUUAACCUGAAGAUAGAUAUACAUACAUUUCUCAACCAUAUUAAUCUUACAGCCAUAUUAUUUGCAUAUUGUGAAUAUAUGUGUAGUUUUGGUUAACUGCGUAGUCAACUCAAUAUCAACAUCAUAAUCAUUACUGUUUCAUCUGCAAUAUCAAGAUGUAUAUAUUCAGAAAUGGUUGUUUUGUUUUUAUGCCAAUGCCUUCAAAUGUUUUAAUAGGGAGUUGCACAAAGAUAUCUAACUUAAGAGCAUAUUUAAGAGCAGAUGCAGAAUUUAAGACAUUUAACAUCUCUAGAUAUAAAGCAGGAUAAUAACAUGAAUAUUCUAAUAAUUAGACUAACAAAAAAUCAGAAAAAGUUCAUUAAAAUGUGAUACUGGGUACAGGGGUGAGAAGGGAGAUGAGAAAUCCACUAAAGACUUCAAAUUCAUAAGAAUUCAUCUGCUUUCAGAGAAAUAAAUAAAUUUAGAGAAGUGUUAUAGUCUAAAAACCAAAAACUAUAGCCAGUUUCUUCUAGAAAUAUGAACAAGCAUAUAGAACUGCAGACUUCUAACAAGUAAACAGAAAACAGUAAAGAUAAAAGAAUACUAUCAAUAAUUCAAGGUGCUAGAUCAAUAUAGUAGAAACAACAAUUUUUGAUUACUGGUGGAAUUAGAUUUACAACAGAAAUAUGACUUAAAUUUUGACUGUACUAAACUACAAUGUAAUAAAUUAUAAUAAUUAUAAAUGAUAUAAAUGCAUUCUAUAAUGUGACUACUUUCUGUAUAUUAGUAUAAAAUGGACUAUUGGGUUACAUAGAGAAUUUUUGUUACAUUUUUUAAUCCAUGCUUUAUCUAAUAAAAUUUCCUCCUCUAUGUUCAGAAUUUAAAAUGUCUUUAUAUUACUUUUUUUAUACUGUACUUUUCUAACCUUGCUCUUUUUAAAAAAUUAUUUGACUGAAAAGUUAUCUGUUCCUUUCAUUCUAUAAUACCAGAAUAAUAAAGUAUCUGAUAUAGCUAAUUAUAGUAUUCCUGAGCACCUUAAGAAGUGCACAAAGAAUUAACUAAAAUUCUUAUUUCCAAAUCCUGGUUUCUUUCAAUACAGAAUGACUAGAAGAGUACUAUCUCAUGGCAAACAGAUGGUAACGAAUUAGGUUUCCUCAAUAUAAAAAUAGGUAAUUAUUUAUAAAAAUUAACUGACAUAGUAUUUAGUUCUUUUAGAGGGUUAAUCUAUUUCUCAAAAUAACAGUUUAUUCAGAGAAAUAGCUACGUUAUCAAUGUAGUUCAUUUUGUUAAAUUUCCAUUUGAGAGUUUAAAAAAUUGUUUUUCUUUUUUCAAGUGAUCAGCAAUGAGUUUUCUCUUCAUUUCGGGUAAGUUCUGAAAGAUAAGUGCCAUAAUUUCACAGAAGUUAAUAAGUAUUAGCAAUGACAGCAUAUUGAAUCUGAUUCUCCAUAUAUAAGACAACAGCUUCACUUUUUUCAAACUUGCUCAGUCGAGUCUACUGUUUGUGACCCGAUGGACUAUACAUUUGCCUGGAAUGCAGGAGACCUGGGUUCCAUCCCUGGGUUGGGAAGAUCCCCUGGAGAAGGGAAAGGCUAG